CGUGGUCUUCAGGAAACGUAAAUGACGUCAUAGAAGUGGAGACAGCGCGCGUACCAAACAGGAGCAACUGUCGCUUGAAAGAAAAUCCUGUUAUUUCCAAUGACGCAAGAACCUUCUGAUGGCGGACUAUGAUGCAUCAAAGUGCCAUGAUGCAGCAUCAGAUUCCUCUGUGUCUAUCAGUGCAAUCAGCAGGCCAGACCCGCAGUCAGCCAAGCAGCCUGAAACAAAGCAGCAAGAACGACUGAAAAUAAAAGAUAAUUGCUGGAAGGAAGCGCCCGGGAAGGUCAGCCAAGAAUCCCGCCGUGGGUGCCAAAGUGAAACCUACAGGACUACAAUUACUUGGACAGACUGAGGCGGCAGAGCAAAGUGAAUGACGGUAACUGAUUGUGGCUUUGACACUGGACAACGCAGCAGCUACAAGUGAUUCCUCUUCUUCAGAACGCGACCCCUGACGAGUAACAGUUGUGACAGGUUGAAUCUGACGGAGGGACCGGCGCCGCGCUCCCGUCCCCGCGCUCCUUCAACAACAGCACCGGUUCAUUGCACCUGUGGCAGCAGCAGCCGCGAGUUGAGUGACCCAGCUUCAGCCAGACCGGCUUCCUUACCUGUACAUGGAGACCCCCAGCUGGGCAGGAAACACGUUGUGUAAGUCAGGAAGCAUUGCUGUCUUCGGGAACGUGGUAUACAGCGGACUGCUGAACGAUCACGUCUGGCAUUUGGGAGUGCCCCUCUUUACAAGACUGGGUAACCAAGAGGCCACCAACCCACCAGAAGCGAUGGCCCAGCCGUACACCCCAGCCCAGUACCCACCCCCCCCACAGAAUGGCAUCCCCGCCGAGUUCGCGGCGCCGCACCCGCUCCCGACGCAGGACUACACCGGGCAGAGCCGGGUCCCCGAGCACGCCAUGACCCUGUACACGCCCACGCAGACACACAGCGAGCCGGCCGGCACCGACAACAGCACGCCCGCCAUCACCGCCACCACGACCGCACCGGUCAGUGUCCUUCACCAUCUGCAAGCACUGUCUUCAACACACUGUGGAAAAACAGAUGAUGUGACGCAAACAGAGGGCUCUCAGCAGCUCCAGCUCCAGCACUCAGACUCUUCAGAGAAGCAGCAACCCAAAAGGUUACAUGUCUCCAACAUUCCCUUCCGCUUCCGGGACCCUGAUCUAAGGCAAAUGUUUGGGCAAUUUGGGAAGAUUUUAGAUGUGGAGAUUAUCUUUAAUGAGCGAGGAUCCAAGGGCUUUGGGUUUGUAACUUUUGAAACAAGCACAGAUGCUGAUCGUGCACGGGAGAAACUAAAUGGUACAAUCGUAGAGGGACGCAAAAUAGAGGUGAACAAUGCAACAGCACGAGUGAUGACAAACAAAAAGGUUGCCAACCCGUACACUAAUGGUUGGAAGCUGAAUCCAGUGGUGGGAGCUGUCUAUGGUCCUGAACUCUAUGCCGUAACAGGCUUUCCCUACCCUGCCACAGGCGCUACGGUGGCCUAUAGAGGUGCCCACUUGCGAGGUCGGGGGAGGGCUGUGUACAACACGUUUCGCACAGCUCCACCGCCGCCACCAAUCCCAGCUUACGGAGCGGUGGUGUACCAAGAUGGCUUCUAUGGCGCAGAGAUCUACGGUGGCUAUGCAGCAUACAGAUUCGCCCAGCCCACCACCACCGCUGCUUACAGUGACAGCUACGGCAGAGUCUAUGCAACAGCAGACCCCUACCACCACACAAUUGGCCCUGCUGCCACAUACAGUGUGGGGACUAUGGCUAGCCUAUACAGAGGAGGGUACAGUCGCUUCACUCCCUACUAAAAGAAAGAAAAAACGAGAAAAGACAGAGACAUUGCCCCAACAAACAAACAAAAACAAUCUAAAAAAAAGACAAAACAAAACGAGCGAACACCCAGUCCUUGGUGGAGAGCUAAAUCAAAAUAAAAGCUUCCAGGUCCCCCUGCUGAGCCCUUCCCCUGACACCCUCUCAAGCCGAUAUUUCUACAACAACUUUUUUGAUGUCAUCAUUGGUCUGCUCUUGUUUUGUAUUCAUUUUGUGCUUCUGUUUUCUUUUGGAAAGUUCGAUGCACAUGUGCAUUACCUUGAUUGCUGUACAUGGGUGCUGUGUCACCAUAACCAAUGUGAACCUCCUGCAGCACGCAUGAUGCAUGCUCAGAGGUGUGUGUAUGCAGCCGCUGUCAUCUGACUAAGAAUAUACUGGGGCAUCUUUACAAUACGCUCACACGGCCGAUCCAAACCAUGCUGGCUCUGAGCGGGUUGAUCGUCAGCUCGCUACUUGACUAACCUCCUUUUUUCCAUUUCUGUCCCACGCAGAAAUAAAGCGACCUCGAUCUCUGUAGUGACAACAUGCCUUGGUAAUUCUUAGCUCAAAGACGGCCCUGCUCUGACGCUUCUGUUUCCUUUAAUGUCCCACUGUUUGAGCCUUACGAGCUGUACCAUGUUGUAUGACAGCAUGCAGAGUAACGAAGGGUCACGAAUGUCAGAUUGCUGUCUUGGGCUCACGAUGCUCACGCUCCAGCCGAGUCUCCUGCGAAUCACUGUACGUUCAUAUGCAGCUAAUUUGCGCUGGUGGAUGAGGUUUUUUGUUUUUUGCUUGGGCUGGUCGGCCUGCGUUCAUGAUCAAUUACCAGUGACCACAGAUUAAUGAAAUGCAAUCUCUAAUGGCUUUAACAGGUGCUUAUGAGAAAUGACUUAAACUGCCACAGUGCCCCCUUCAAAUGUAUUAGAAAAAAAACGCUCAACAAUGAUUUUCAAAUUAUAAUACUGUAGUUAUUAUAGUUGUAGUGGUGUUUAGGAACCACAGAGAGACAAGGAUCUUACACACACUGAGUAGAGACUCACUGUACACGUCGCUGGUCAGUCAGUGGGCAUCUCCCCCAAAUGCAAAAGUAGCUGCAUAUGAACCCAAUCUGCAGAAGAUUCGGUGGCGUCUUCGCUAAUAAACUGUACCCAGGGUUCACUGUCACAUCUCCACAUCCACUCAGUCCACACAGUACGUACAGUUAACGACACAGCACCAAGGCGGCGGAGGGCUCUGCUCUGCUGUGAGUCAGCGGUCUCUUUUUUAAGCAUUGCACAAAAUGUUUUACCUCAGGAUAAGCUAAGUGAAACUCACAAACUGGAAUACAGUGCUAUUCAGUUCUCAGCAGUCAGGAUAGUUUCAUUUCGAACACAACCAGCAGGUUCCUCCUCUUUGCAACACGCUUUCUUACAAGAGCUGAUUUUUUCUGUUUAAGCAGAGACCCCAAGAGAGAAUGAUAAAAUAAGACUGUACUGUUGUUCUUUAUUAAAGCUACUGUAUUAUAUAUAUGUAGACAUAUACUGUAUAACACAUUUUACACUGUAUACACACAUAAGUGCAGCAAGAUGUUACGUAACAGCAGCCAGGAGUUAGAGGACACAAUGUAAAUGUGCGUAGAGUGCAGCAGUGCUCGCCUCUUAGUUGACACACAGUCGCUUCUAUUACAACUUUGUGCUACGUGAGGUGGAUUGAAAAAGAAAAAUCUGUGUAGCUAUUUUUAGCUGUCAAGAUUUCAUUGCGGCUAAGGAAAUACAACUCAAAGCUAUUGCCAAUAAUAUUUCAUUUAUGUACUCACAAAAGUGUUUGUGGUCUCAAAAGAGUUUGUUGCACUUUGUUUUUUCGGUACAGUACUUUCUGAGAUGUAACAUAUUUAUAAAAGUAUCAUAUAAAGCUAGUUAUGUUUAGUCAAGAUGUUAAAAUGAUAUAGAGUAAUGUUGUACAUAAAAAAAAAAAAGAAAAGGAAAUCUCUGACGAGUCGAUGAAAAUCUUUAUGUGGGUAAACACACAUUGUUCUUCCUUUUCUAUGCUAGUAUGAAACACCAUUCGGGUUUUUAUAGGAGUCGAAACAAAUUUUGAAUAUUAUUUUUACCAUUUUCCUAAAGGAGAACUGGCUUGUGCAUUUGUAGGAGUUUCCCGUAUAAACUCUGCAGCAGAGUCCACGUGUGGGUGUUCCCUUCUUGAUCACUAUUAGUGAGCUAGAUUGCAAUUAAAUAGACUCUUGUGUUUUCUGAUCUGAAUGUGUGGGCGUCUGUGCCACGCAGAUAAAAGUAUAUUAAUAUACACACACAGUAAACCAAACUGAGUACACAUCCGUGCAAUGUCACUACAAUGGGAAUUUAUGCAAAUAGCAACACUUUAAUGAUGGUUUUAUUUUUAGGUUGACUGGGUUUUGAUGUUAUUUAGUGUUGAGAACAAACAGAACUGGUUGUGGCAGAUGCAGCUGCAACAUUUCCAGUUAGCACUAAAAGCUGUAACCAACUAAGAGCUUUUUUCACUUAUGGUGGUACGAUGCCACUCGAGCAAAUAGGAUCUGCUCAAGGGGUAGAUUUCUUUUUAGAUAACUUGCCUUUGGUUGAAACAUUUUAGAGAUAUUGGCCAGGAGUGUACUUUGUUUUGUUCUACGUUGUUUAUAUGCAUAAGAAUGUGUGCGUUUGUGUGUCUGAGGAGGGAGAGAGAGAGGAAGGUGAGGUGAAUGCAGCUUGCAGUAAGUAACAGAUUUACAAUGACUUCACUCCAAGUCCCUGUAAUAACAUCACAAAUCCACAACUCUGACCUCUUAUAUACAAUAUCAGUGGCAAUUACAUACAAAUAUAGACACUUUAAUUAACUUUCCCUCACCUCAGGUUUUUUCUACGCAUCUAUACAUUAAUGUCAUCAGUUAAUCACAUGCAUAACUAAAGCUUAACAGCAUAUGUGGUACAAUGAUAUUAAAAAUGAGAACACGCAGAACUUUUCAGUGUUGAGCUGAGCCAAACACUCAAAACAUUACUGUAUAGUGGAAUACAAACUUUAUUCUCAAACAUGACAGCGCAGUUUACACAAAGGUGCUUUAUAAUAGAGCUGAUUCGACAUUUGACAAGAAAAAUCACAGUAUGGCUGGUGAGUUAAUUAUCUGAGGCGUCCAUCAAUCAUGCACCAACUAAUUUGUAUGACUAAUUGUAAUAUCAGUUAAUAGAGCAUUAAUAUUCACUAAUUGUGCUCAUGAAUUUAAAUUUACAAUAUAUCAUUUUUAUAAGACGUCAAAAAGUCUCACACUAUAUACUGAUGUAAUAUUAAUGCAUGAAAAUGUUAAUUUACUACCCAAAAAUACCCACAAAUAACACAAGGGCAAAAAGUUAUCAAAUUAAAUAAUACAGCAAAAACAUUGUGCAGGUUUAAAAUAAGACAAAUUUUAUUGCAUAGGCUGUGCAGAACCCUCAGAUCUUUUGCUGACCUCAUCAUAUUUUGGAUAAGUACUGUAGCGUUAGAUGAUUUUCAUUACAAUCAAUCUGAACAUUUCUUGUGCUUCCUAAAGCUGAUGCUGCUGGAUGUGUUUUUUGGACGCACACUGUACCAAACAUUUCUAGAUCUCACAGUCAGCUUUCCUACGACGUCACUAUGACACUUUUAUCUGCCGUCAUGUUAUUACAGAGACGCGUGUGAGUGUGCUCAUUUCCCACCAGUCUGCACAGGUUUGUCUACAGUUUACAGAAAACGUUCCGAGGAGCUCGUCUAACUGUGUCGGUGUCAGCUUAUCACGGCUUAAAGGUUCAAAGCAUAACAUGUAAAUAGCUCUGGUCAGUAGUGAGUCGGUAUUGUACAGGUCUGAGACAAUUUAUGACGCUUACAGUAAGUUCAAUGUAAUUUAAAUGUGAAUAUUUCUUUCUUUACCUAUUUAUUGAUAUUUCUGAUUCUGUUUGCUUUCGUUGUAUUCCAUAACCAGCUCAAUAUGCAACCAGACCUCUAUGUGGUCCAGACAUUUGUUGGUACUUAUGUUCGUAUUAAUAGUAGUAUUGAAAUGCUUUAAAUGACAAAACCUAGUCGUCAUCCAUCAUUUAUACUCACUCCAAGUAUUCACUGAGCCCUGAUAAGCUGGCAGGUGCAUUUAUUAAUCCACCAAAAAGAUUUGUACAAAAAAGAACUAAGCAAAAAAGUUACAGUACUUGUAAAUACAUUUAAAUGUAUAUACACACACACUAUAUCGCAAUUCUGAGUAACUGUUUUAUAUGUAUUCCUAUAUGAAGUGGGGUUAUCUGUGUAUUUUCAAUUCAGCUCAACUUGUUCUUGAAUUCUAUGUAAUUUCUAUAAUGAGAAUAUAUUGUCUGAAAGGUGUAAAGUAGUUUUCUUUUGGAUUAAUUUCAUAGGUAAAAAAUAUACUAUUAUGACUUUUUUUCUUUCUUCCUGAAUUAUUUUUGUUGCUAAUAUGUGACAUACAAGUACUCUGAUUGUUUUGAGUGUCAGAAUAAAGCAAGCUAUAAGAACAUUA